CAAAACUCAUGGCGGUCUGCUCGGUGCUGCCCUCUAGAAGUGACGCACAGCUGUCAAAAAGGGAGACGACCGCGCCGGGAUCAGAAGUUUCCCUGUCGCUAGUGUGGACGCACAGUCGAGCGGAGUGGAGACCAAGCAGGCGGGAAAGGUUGAGCCCUUCUCCUCCUCCUCCAUCACCCACCCUUGAUGGGACAAAACUUUGCAAGGCGAAAAAGAAAUAAAACACUCAAGCUGGACGAAUAUCAGACUGUUUCAGCCGAGGAUGAGGAGGCGGAGGAAGAAAAAGAAGAACGUAAAGAGGAUAUUGUGGAGAAGUACAACAAGAAACUCAAAGCUAUUUGCGGACUGGCUGACUUAAGAAAUGGAGCUGUUGGCUUGUACAAUAUUGGAUUAAACUGCUGCCUCAAUUCCUUGCUGCAAGUUUUCUUCAUGAACAGAUACUUCACUAUGAUCCUUCGGAGGAUUAAAGUGCCUUUUGAUGUUGAUGAACAGAAGGCAAGUGUCCCUUACCAGAUGCUUCUGCUGUUGGAAGAGAUGCAGCAAAGCAAGCAGAAGUCUGUACAUCCCAUGAAUCUUGCCCAGUGCCUCUCGAGACACAAUGUGAAAUUGUUUGUUCUUUAUGAUGCUGCUGAACUUUUCCUGAUCCUAUGGAAUCUAAUUAAGGACCAAAUCACAAGCCCAGAUUUGGCUGAAAGUCUCACUCAUCAGUACACUAUUCGGCUGAAGGAACAUCUAACAUGCCAGGGGUGUUCGUGCGAAACAAAGAAGGACAGCAACCUGCUAAUGCUUCCUCUCCACUUGUUUGAUUUUGAUUCUCGUGCAUUUAAGAAGUUGGAAGAUGCAUUGCACUAUUUUUUUGAAUCAGAACAAAUGACGGAAGAAAGUACAUUUCUCUGCAAGCAAUGUAACCAGAAAGUACCAAGAUUGCGGGGUAUGAAAGUCACAUAUCUGCCACAGACGCUCACCCUUCACCUGAAACGGUUCAGCUCCAGUGAAAGACAUCGAACUCGGAAGAUCAACAAUCCUUUAUCCUUCCCACAAAGUCUGGAUUUCAGCCAGAUCUUGACCCCAGAACAGUAUUGUCCAGAUAUCCAGGAAAAGGAUGAUGGGGUAUAUGAUCUUUUUGCUGUUGUUGCACAUGUGGGAUCUGCUGACUUUGGUCAUUAUUGUGCCUACGUUUGGAGCCUCACAGAACACAAAUGGUAUUGUUUCAAUGAUUCCAGUGUCUGUCAGGUAUUUUGGGACGAUAUCAAAUGUACCUAUGGAAGAGCAUCUCUCCGUUGGGGAGAAACAGCCUAUCUCUUGGUCUACAUGAAAAAGAAUUGCAAGGAGCUCUGAUCAGAUUGAUGAACUUUCUGAGCAACUGGAGAGAUAAUCACGAGCAGAAUAAUGACAUUUUCUAUGUUAUCAGUGAAUGAUCAAAUCCCCCAAAGUCAAAAUUGCAAAUGUGGAGGGAUGACUGUAUGUGAAAGCCCUAUUAUGAUAUCUGCUCAACUCAUAUGAAUGCUAUGAACCAUUAGGUUUGUACAUUUUUGUUGCAGGCACUCACAUAUGAUAGAUGGGUGUUUAGACAGUAUUAGUUUGUGAAACUGUUUUUGUGUGGAUUCCCCUGGCCUAAAGAUUGACAGCCUGACCCUGCAGAACACUAUCUACCUUUGAAAAGAAACAUGUUCAUAGAAGACGAGGCAAGCAAUUCACAGGCUUGGAAAACGGAGGUCAUAAAAGCUUUUAAAGAGAAUGUUUGCUAAUUUGAUAGGAAUUUGGUAUUACAUCAAAACUAAUCUCAGACAUGCUCCAUCACCUAAUACUUUUCAGAACUUGCUUUGAAGUGUUUUAUGUUUUAUGAAAGAACGAUGUCUGGCAAAACGUCUAUUUUUUUUUAAUUCAGCACAAAAAGACACAUUAAAAACAACAUCAAUAUAUUCUUUUCAUGUCAGGAGCGACUUGAGAAACUGCAAGUCGCUUCUGGUGUGAGAGAAUUGGCUGUCUGCAAGGACGUUGCUUAGGAGACGCCUGGAUGUUUGACGUUUUGGCCUCCUUGUGGAAGGCUUCUCUCAUGUUGCCACAUGGGAAGCUGGAGUUGACAGAGGGAGCUCGACACGCUUCCCCUGGAUUAAAACUGCAGUCCUGUCAGCACAAGGGUUUAACCCACUGAGCAAUAGUGAAUAUUUUUUAAUCAUCUGGUGUGAUGAUAACCAAUGUUGCUUAGGAUCUUUGCUGAUAUAUAUAUAUUUCAAUUUAUAAAUGUGUAAGAAUACAGUUUUGGGUAUCUGUCCAUAUGUAAAAUAUACUGACAUUCUUAAUUUAUGUAGCAUAGCUGACAUUGUUAAUUAAUAUAUAUUCUAUGUAAUGUAUACUGAUUAUACAGCGAAUUAAGUUAUUGUGAAGCAGG